GCCCCGGCCCCUCGCAGCCCUCCCCCGGCGGGAGCGGCCGGUGCCCCGCUCUCCCUUCCCUUCCCCUCCCCACCCCUCCUCCUUCUCCUCCUCCUCCCCCUCCUCCUCCUCUCCCGGCUCGAUCGCGCCCAUGUAUGAAGGGAAGAAGACGAAAAACAUGUUCCUGACCCGGGCCCUGGAGAAGAUCCUGGCCGACAAGGAGGUGAAGAAGGCGCAUCACUCCCAGCUACGCAAAGCCUGCGAGGUGGCCCUAGAGGAAAUAAAGGCUGAAACAGAAAAGCAAAGUCCCCCUCAUGGAGAAGCAAAGCCUGGUUCAAGCACUCUUCCACCUGUGAAAUCGAAGACAAGCUUCAUUGAAGCGGACAAAUACUUCCUACCGUUUGAAUUGGCAUGCCAGUCGAAGUGCCCCAGGAUUGUCAGUACAUCUCUAGAUUGUUUACAGAAACUUAUAGCAUAUGGGCACUUGACAGGGAAUGCUCCAGACAGUACAGCUCCAGGCAAAAAAUUAAUUGAUAGAAUUAUUGAGACAAUAUGUGGCUGUUUUCAAGGCCCUCAAACAGACGAAGGGGUUCAACUACAAAUAAUAAAGGCUUUGCUCACUGCAGUAACAUCUCAACACAUAGAAAUCCACGAAGGAACAGUGCUACAGGCUGUAAGAACAUGUUACAAUAUCUAUCUAGCAAGCAAAAAUCUCAUAAAUCAAACCACAGCCAAGGCCACUCUAACACAAAUGCUGAAUGUCAUUUUUGCACGUAUGGAAAAUCAAGCACUUCAGGAAGCCAAACAGAUGGAAAAGGAAAGACACAGACAGCAACACCAUCUACAGCAGUCUCCAGUAAGCCAUCAUGAGCCUGAGUCACCUCAGCUGAGACAUAUUCCAACACAGACUGAUCAGCUGUCCAAAGAACAUGAGAGAGAGCUUGACCACAGCACAAAUGAUGUGGACAAGAACCUUCAAGAAGAUAUAGAGGCAGAAAAUGGAUCUGAUAUUUCUAGUGCUGAAAAUGAACAGACAGAAGCCGACCAAGCCACAGCAGCAGAAAAUCUUUCUAAAGCUGAUGGAGGAACAUAUGAUGGUGAAAGCAAUGAGUGUGAAGAGAAGGCGCAAGAAAUUGUAGAAAGUAUUGUGCAGGAAAUGGUGAACAUAGUAGUUGGAGGUAUAUUAAUAUCUGAAUCUGGAAAUUCUUCGGGACCUACCCCUGGUGCUAAGUUUUCCCACAUUUUACAAAAGGAUGCCUUCCUUGUAUUCAGGUCACUGUGUAAACUCUCCAUGAAGCCCCUGUCAGAUGGACCGCCAGAUCCAAAAUCUCAUGAACUGCGAUCGAAGAUUCUUUCAUUGCAGUUGCUUCUGUCCAUUCUGCAAAAUGCAGGACCUGUCUUCAGGACAAAUGAGAUGUUUAUUAAUGCUAUUAAGCAGUACCUUUGUGUUGCACUGUCAAAAAAUGGAGUCUCAUCAGUUCCAGAAGUUUUUGAACUUUCACUUUCCAUAUUUCUUACCCUCCUCUCAAACUUUAAGACUCACCUAAAGAUGCAGAUUGAGGUUUUCUUCAAAGAAAUUUUCCUGUAUAUCUUGGAAACUUCUACUAGCUCAUUUGAUCAUAAAUGGAUGGUUAUACAAACGCUGACAAGGAUAUGUGCAGAUGCCCAGAGCGUAGUGGACAUCUACGUGAACUAUGAUUGUGAUUUAAAUGCAGCAAAUAUAUUUGAAAGGCUGGUUAAUGACCUAUCAAAGAUUGCUCAAGGAAGGGGUAGCCAAGAACUUGGCAUGUCCAAUGUUCAGGAAUUAAGUUUGAGAAAAAAAGGAUUGGAAUGCUUAGUGUCAAUCCUGAAGUGUAUGGUGGAGUGGAGUAAAGAUCAAUAUGUAAAUCCCAAUUCUCAGACAACACUUGGCCAAGAAAAACCCACAGAACAGGACAGCAAUGAAACCAAACACCCUGAGACAAUUAACAGAUAUGGAAGCUUAAAUUCCUUGGAUUCUACGGCUUCAUCAGGAAUUGGCAGUUACAGCACACAGAUGUCUGGCACUGAUAACCCAGAGCAGUUUGAGGUCCUAAAGCAACAAAAGGAAAUUAUAGAACAAGGAAUUGACUUAUACAAUAAGAAACCAAAGAGGGGAAUUCAGUACCUGCAAGAACAAGGAAUGCUUGGCACUACCCCUGAAGAUAUUGCUCAGUUCUUGCAUCAAGAGGAAAGAUUAGAUUCAACUCAGGUUGGGGAGUUCCUGGGAGACAAUGAUAAAUUUAACAAAGAAGUCAUGUAUGCAUAUGUAGACCAACACGACUUUUCAGGAAAGGAUUUUGUUUCAGCUCUGCGCAUGUUUCUAGAGGGAUUUCGUCUUCCAGGAGAGGCUCAAAAAAUUGAUCGCCUAAUGGAGAAAUUUGCUGCUAGAUACUUAGAAUGUAACCAAGGGCAAACUCUUUUUGCUAGUGCAGAUACUGCGUAUGUUUUAGCUUACUCAAUUAUCAUGUUGACAACAGAUCUUCACAGUCCACAGGUUAAGAAUAAAAUGACAAAAGAACAGUAUAUUAAAAUGAAUAGAGGUAUCAAUGACAGUAAAGAUCUCCCUGAAGAAUAUUUGUCUGCUAUCUAUAAUGAAAUAGCUGGAAAGAAGAUUUCAAUGAAAGAAACAAAAGAAUUAACAAUACCCACAAAAUCCAGUAAACAAAGUGUUGCUAGUGAAAAGCAGAGAAGACUCCUAUAUAAUUUGGAAAUGGAACAAAUGGCUAAAACAGCUAAAGCUCUUAUGGAGGCAGUGAGUCACGUUCAGGCACCUUUUACUAGUGCAACACACCUGGAGCAUGUGAGACCUAUGUUUAAGUUGGCAUGGACACCUUUUCUAGCUGCAUUCAGUGUGGGUCUACAGGACUGUGAUGACACAGAAGUUGCCUCUCUUUGUUUGGAGGGUAUACGAUGUGCAAUCAGGAUUGCUUGCAUUUUCAACAUUCAGCUGGAAAGAGAUGCCUAUGUCCAAGCAUUAGCAAGAUUUACGUUACUUACAGUGAGUUCUGGUAUUACUGAAAUGAAGCAGAAGAAUAUUGACACAAUUAAAACUCUCAUCACAGUGGCUCAUACAGAUGGAAACUAUUUAGGAAAUUCCUGGCAUGAGAUUCUGAAAUGCAUCAGUCAACUUGAACUGGCACAGUUAAUAGGAACUGGAGUAAAACCUCGCUACAUCUCAGGGACAGUACGUGGCAGGGAAGGUUCUUUUACUGGAACAAAAGAUCAGGCACCUGAUGAAUUUGUGGGGCUGGGACUGGUUGGUGGAAACGUGGACUGGAAGCAGAUAGCAAGUAUUCAGGAAUCCAUUGGUGAAACUAGCUCCCAAAGUGUUGUCGUUGCUGUAGACAGAAUAUUUACAGGAUCUACAAGGUUGGAUGGAAAUGCUAUUGUGGAUUUCGUUCGCUGGCUUUGUGCUGUAUCUAUGGAUGAACUGCUGUCUGCUACCCACCCUCGAAUGUUUAGUUUGCAGAAGAUAGUAGAGAUUUCUUACUACAAUAUGGGCCGGAUAAGGCUACAGUGGUCUAGGAUCUGGGAAGUUAUUGGAGAUCACUUUAAUAAGGUUGGCUGCAAUCCCAAUGAAGAUGUAGCUAUUUUUGCAGUAGACUCAUUAAGGCAAUUAUCAAUGAAGUUCUUAGAAAAGGGAGAACUCGCUAAUUUCCGAUUCCAGAAGGACUUCCUAAGACCAUUUGAACAUAUCAUGAAGAGAAACAGGUCUCCUACUAUUCGAGACAUGGUUGUACGGUGUAUUGCACAGAUGGUAAAUUCCCAGGCUGCUAACAUUCGUUCUGGCUGGAAAAACAUUUUUUCAGUAUUUCAUCUGGCAGCCUCAGAUCAGGAUGAAAGUAUAGUGGAACUUGCAUUCCAGACGACAGGACACAUUGUCACAAUUGUGUUUGAAAAACACUUCCCAGCAACCAUAGAUUCAUUCCAGGAUGCAGUAAAGUGCUUGUCUGAAUUUGCCUGCAAUGCAGCAUUUCCAGAUACCAGUAUGGAAGCGAUCCGCCUCAUUCGCCACUGUGCAAAAUAUGUAUCUGAUAGACCUCAGGCAUUCAAGGAAUACACAAGUGAUGAUAUGAACGUAGCUCCUGAAGACAGAGUAUGGGUGCGAGGAUGGUUCCCAAUUCUAUUUGAGUUGUCCUGUAUCAUCAAUAGAUGCAAAUUAGAUGUAAGAACCAGGGGCUUAACAGUAAUGUUUGAAAUAAUGAAAACAUAUGGCCAUACUUACGAAAAACACUGGUGGCAAGAUUUGUUUCGGAUUGUCUUCAGGAUAUUUGACAAUAUGAAACUGCCAGAACAGCAGACUGAGAAAGCUGAAUGGAUGACAACUACUUGCAACCAUGCACUUUAUGCAAUAUGUGAUGUAUUCACACAGUAUUUAGAAGUACUUAGUGAUGUUCUUUUGGAUGAUAUAUUUGCACAGCUGUACUGGUGUGUGCAGCAAGACAAUGAACAACUGGCACGGUCUGGUACAAACUGUUUGGAGAAUGUUGUCAUCCUAAAUGGUGAAAAGUUUACCCUAGAAAUCUGGGAUAAAACUUGUACUUGCAUGCUGGAUAUUUUCAAAACUACAAUCCCUCAUGCGCUGCUGACUUGGCGACCAGUCAGUGGAGAAUUUGGCUCUGGAUCUCCUUCUGAUACAAAAGAAAAACUGGAUACAAUCUCACAGAAGUCUGUAGAUAUUCAUGAUUCUAUUCAGCCUAGAUCUUCAGAUGGACGUCCAUAUCAACCCAGCGCAGGGUCCACAGUAGUUGAAGAAAUGAGUAAAACCAGGCCAACAGCAAAAUUUCCAGAGCAGAAGUUAUUUGCUGCUCUUUUGAUCAAAUGCGUUGUACAACUGGAACUCAUUCAGACUAUCGACAAUAUUGUGUUCUUCCCAGCAACUAGCAAAAAAGAGGAUGCAGAGAAUCUAGCAGCAGCGCAAAGAGAUGCAGUAGAGUUCGAUGUCCAUGUGGAUACACAAGAUCAAGGGAUGUAUCGUUUUCUAACAUCACAGCAGCUUUUCAAACUUCUCGACUGUCUGCUGGAAUCUCACAGGUUUGCUAAAGCAUUUAAUUCAAACAAUGAACAAAGAACUGCUCUCUGGAAAGCAGGUUUCAAAGGCAAAUCAAAGCCUAAUCUUCUGAAACAGGAGACUAGUAGUCUUGCCUGUGGGUUGCGCAUUCUGUUCCGUAUGUACAUGGAUGAAAGCCGUACCAGUGCAUGGGAGGAAGUCCAGCAAAGACUACUAAAUGUCUGCAGUGAGGCUCUGAGUUACUUCCUCACUCUUACUUCAGAAAGUCAUCGGGAAGCCUGGACUAAUCUAUUACUCUUAUUUUUGACUAAAGUCCUGAAGAUAAGUGAUGAAAGGUUCAAGGCUCAUGCCUCAUUCUACUAUCCUCUGUUGUGUGAAAUUAUGCAGUUUGACCUUAUUCCUGAGCUUAGAGCUGUUCUACGAAGGUUUUUCCUGCGGAUUGGUGUGGUUUUCCAAAUAUCCCAACCACCAGAACAAGAGUCUGGAAUAAGCAAGCAGUAACAGAUAGUGACUGACUGAGUAUUGCUCCGUUUAAAAGUUUAUAUUCCUCAGCUAAAUAAAAGGACCAGGUAGCUGAGCCAUUCUGUCUGGAUAUCCAUAAAAAUGGUUUCUCUGUAUGGCAAUGUGUAUCCAAGGGUUAACGGUACUGAUGCUUACAACUGUAAUUAAGGCUUGCAACACUCCAGUCCCUUUAUUUCCUGAUGGAUUAUCUCUAUCAGUUUCUCUUACCUGGCUCAUGCUGAGCACCGAGCCAGUUUUUAGCACAGUCCUCUUGUCAGCAUGGGCUGCAAUAUCCUUUACUGUCCUAGACAGCAGUGUAGCAACAGAUGUUUAUGGCGGGUGUGAAAGUAAAAUGUACCCAAAGAACUAUAUAUGUAAAGGUUUGAGCUUCUGCAAGAAGUACAACUCAGGAGAGCUGUAUUUUGAAGGAUAAAAUGUUUAUAGUGAAAAGAAAAUGGAGAUUAUUGUUCAUGGUAAAAGAUAUUUAGCAACUAUGUCUGAUAUUCUAAGAUUUUUGCACACUCAGGCUGUCUGAGACAUUGGUAAUCAUCCUUCUGUGAAAAAUGUACAGAGAUGCAGGUCUGUAAUAUAAACUCUUUAACACUAUACAGUUCUUCCUGAAUUGUUUUAUUUCUGUAUUAUUGAUUUGCUGAAAACCCGUAACACUUCAUUGUUUACCAAAUGCACUAGAAGUUUGGGGUUAUUUUUGGGGGUUGUGAUUUCUUUUUUUUUCUUUUUUUUUCUUUUUUUUUCUUUUUUUUUUUUUUUGGUUUCAUUGUAGCCCAGAAGUUAGUGUUGCUGGCUUUUGUCAAGAACAGAGGUAGAAAUAUGACUGACAUAACUACCUGUAAUAUACUUGUUUUAGGGCUUUUAAAUAUAACGAGCCAUUGAAAUGAUGAUCCUUCAAGGACUGGAACUUGAAUCACUGCAAACAAGUCUAGGUUGUGUCUGCUGUCAGAUGUUUUUUGUUUGAUGUAGAUUUCACUCUUAUGUACAGAAUUUAAUGUUGAAUAUAUUCAAGUAACAAAUCUGGCAUGGUUUGGGGAUGGUUAAAUUUAUUGGAAAUGUAUUCAUACUGUGAAUUGUGCUCUGAUGGUUAAACGAAGAUUGUCAAGCAUUCUGUAUUACAAUGGAUGUAGAAAUUUUUUUCAGAUGGACAAAAUGUAUAUGGUACAGAUAUGUAAAGUUUUCUAUGUAAAAAAAAUUCUGUACAACUUUCUGUACAAUAUUUGGUUCUCAUCUGGCAUAUUCUAAUCAGGUUAUAGGUCAAUAAAGUUUUUGAACUCUU